CCCGCCCGCCCAUUCCCUCUCCUUCUAAAAACGCUACUAUAUAUAGAUCAAAAUCCAUAGCACCUGUACUUCUUCAAAAGCUCUCUUCUUUUUUCUCUCAAGAAACCAGAAAUCCUCUCUCAAAAAUCAAAAUCACGAUCGAUCUCCUUUUCCAGGGCUUAUGUAUGCCUCAUUUCUAUCCUCCUGGUUACUUUUUUUUCCCCUCUCCUUCGAUUCUCAUUUUUCCCUCUCAAAAUCUAAUAUGGGAUCUAGUGAUUGAUCAUGUUUUAAUUUAGUAAUUUACUCGAUUUUUGCACGUUUUGAUAAUUAUCAUUUGUUGAUUUUGUUUAAUUUUUAUGAUUUUUCUUAAGAUUUUGAACGGAAAGUGAAAAUCCGGAGAAGUGAAAAUCCGUUUGGUGAGAGUUGCUGUUGUUGAAUUGAUUGAUGGUGGUGGUGUGGAAUUAGGGUUUUGGAAAUGAUGGGAUUGGGAAUUUCGCUUGUGCGGGUGCUUGCAAGCUCGUAUGAUUACUAUAGUGGAUCUUUUAUUGCCUGGUUAAUUACAGCUGCUUUAGGAUUUUUAGUUAUUGUUUAUAGAUUAAUUAAUUGGCAUAAAAGAGCAUCGCAGAAAUGGGUUAAAGCUGCGGCUAAAGCGAAGAAGCAGGUUUGGAAAAGGUUAAAUGUUCCGCGGUCUAGUCAUUUAUGGAUUGAAGAUUUAGCUUAUGGUCAAAAACAGCCUUCUGCAUGCUGUGUUUGUUUGACUUCAUUGGUGUUACCAUAUAAUGGCUGUAGUGCGUCGUUGCGUAGUGAUUUUGUGCACCGUUGUGUUGUUUGUGGUGCGGCGGCUCAUUUUAAUUGUUCUGAGUUUGCGGUGAAGGAUUGUAAGUGUAUUGCGCAAGCAGGGUCUAGCCAUGUGAGGCAUCAUUGGUCAGAGAGAUGGUUUAAUAUGGAUGAGAAUCCUGAGAUGAGUGUGUUUUGUUCUUACUGUGAUGAACCGUGUGGUGUUACUUUUAUUGAUGCUUCACCGACGUGGCAUUGUUUGUGGUGUCAGAGGCUCAUUCAUGUGAGAUGUCAAGCUAAAAUGUCAAAAGAAUCUGGUGAUGUUUGUGAUUUGGGUCCCCUUAGGAGGAUUAUUCUUUCGCCACUCUGUGUGAAGGAAGUUGAUGGAGGAAACAGUUUAAGUUUGAUCACUGAGGAAAUUAUAGCCUCUUCUGUUCGUGGGCAGAUGAGAAGAAAGCAGCGCAGCAGAGGCAAGCAUGGAGAUGAUCGCCCUGUUAAUGGUAAGUUGCAAGGUGCAACAACUGCCAAUAGAAACUCGGAUUUUGUGUUGAAUGGGUUUGCUGGAUUGAACAGAUCCAGCAGCGAGACUGAUUUCCACUGCUUAAAGAAGAAUGGCAGGAUAAAGUACACACUUAAUGGCCUAAUGCAUGAUAAAGGUGGAACUGCAAUCUGUGAACAAGUUAAGAAGUAUGCAUUGGCUGAUUUGGCUCAAGAUGCAAGGCCCCUUUUGGUCUUCAUUAAUUCCAAGAGCGGAGGUCAACUUGGGCCUAUUCUUCGAAGGACACUGAACAUGCUGUUGAAUCCUGUACAGGUAUUUGAAUUAAGUGAUUUGCAGGGGCCUGACAUUGGUUUGGAGUUAUUUAGCAAGGUGCGGUAUUUUAGAGUUUUGGUCUGUGGUGGAGAUGGAACUGUUGCAUGGGUCCUUGAUGCUAUUGAGAGGCGCAACUUUGAAUCUCCACCACCUGUUGCUAUUAUUCCCCUUGGUACAGGAAAUGAUUUAUCAAGGGUCUUGCAAUGGGGAGGAGGCUUCUCAAAGUUUGAUGGACAAGGUGGCUUGAGCACACUUUUGCAAGAUAUCGACCAAGCUGCAGUUACAAUGCUUGAUCGCUGGAAAGUAAAUAUCAAAGAAGAGAAUUCAGAAGGGUAUAUGGAAAGAGAACAAUCCAAAUUCAUGAUGAACUACUUAGGUAUUGGAUGUGAUGCUAAGCUUGCAUAUGAAUUUCACAUAACACGUCAAGAGAAUCCUGAGAAGUUUAGUAGUCAGUUUGUGAAUAAAUUGCGAUAUGCCAGAGAAGGUGCCAGAGAUAUGAUGGAUAGAGCUUGUGCUGACUUACCAUGGCAGGUUUGGCUUGAAGUUGAUGGGAAAGACAUACAGAUUCCAAAGGAUUGUGAGGGUUUAAUUGUGCUGAACAUUGGCAGCUAUAUGGGGGGCGUGGAUCUUUGGCAAAAUGACUAUGAACAUGAUGAUGAUUUCAGUCUUCAAUCCAUGCAAGAUAAAAUGCUUGAAGUUGUAAGUGUCUGUGGAGCAUGGCACCUCGGCAAACUUCAGCUGAGGAGAGGAGGAGGCUUCACAGGACAUUGCCACAAUGAGGUUGGACUUUCACAAGCAACGAGGCUAGCACAAGGGAAGGCCAUCAAAAUACAUGCUUCAAGUGCUUUCCCAGUUCAGAUAGAUGGGGAACCAUUCAUCCAUCAACCUGGUUGCUUAGAAAUAACGCAUGAUGAACAGGUGUUCAUGUUGAGGAGAGCCUCUGAGGAGCCCAGAGGCCACGCAGCUGCCAUUAUGACAGAGGUUUUGGCAGAUGCUGAGUGCAAAGGAGUCAUCAAUGCAUCUCAGAAGAAAUUACUUCUGCAGCAACUGGCUCUCAAUCUAUCCUAGAUUCCAAUUUCUAAACCCCCCCUCUUUUUGCCUGCUAGUUUCUCGCUUUUUGUCCCACUAACAUAUUGCGUGUCCUUCCUCGCAUUCCUUUCUGGACCAUGCACUUUGACCAUGGAGGGAAUGCCACUUUCACAUCCUUUUUUCUUUCCUUAAUUUUUUUUUGGGUCACUCAUUUUGACCAUAACGGGAUCUUUCCUUUUUUUACUGAACUCUUUUGUAGAAGCAAUUGGAAACCCGAAAGUGAGACUGACAGCCCCACGAGACGCGAGCAAGCCAGCUGACAUAGGAUCCUUGUAAAUGAAUGCUAUGAGAGAUUGUAAAUGAGAGUUUUGUGCCUAUUGUGAUACACAACACACACACACACACACACACACAGACCCCAUACAUAUUACGAACAGAAAUUAUACAAUAUAGAAACAUUUGUCUUUUGAA